UGUGCCAGGCCUCGCCCCUUUCCAGUUCCCAUUUUGUAAAGCUGUGCUGUUAGAACUGCGUCAUUUGGAGCUUGUUCGUCGAAGGAUAAGCAUUUUAUUGUCUCUAGAAAAAGAAAAAUGAGUGGUUGUCGUGUAUUCAUUGGUCGUCUGAACCCUGCUGCCAGGGAGAAAGAUGUUGAGCGAUUUUUCAAAGGCUAUGGUCGCAUCAGAGAUAUUGACUUAAAAAGGGGAUUUGGGUUUGUGGAGUUUGAAGACCCAAGGGAUGCAGAUGAUGCUGUUUAUGAGCUUGAUGGAAAGGAACUCUGCAGUGAAAGAGUUACGAUUGAACAUGCAAGGCUUCGCUCAAGAGGAGGUGGUGGUGGACGAGGACUUGGCAGAGGAAGGUACCCUGAUAGAUUCAGCAGCCGUCGCCCACGUAAUGAUAGAAGUGCACCGCCCAUCAGGACUGAGAAUCGUCUAAUUGUAGAAAACUUGUCUUCUAGAGUCAGCUGGCAGGAUUUGAAAGACUUCAUGAGACAAGCUGGAGAAGUUACAUUUGCUGAUGCACACAGACCAAAGCUGAAUGAAGGGGUUGUUGAAUUUGCAUCAUACAGUGACUUGAAAAACGCCAUUGAGAAACUUUCUGGGAAAGAAAUCAAUGGCAGAAAAAUAAAGUUGAUUGAAGGCAACAAAAGACACAGUAGGUCAAGAAGUCGGUCCCGAUCUCGUAGCCGAAGCUCCUCCCGCUCCCGCAGCCGUUCCCGCUCAAGAAGCAGAAAGUCUUACAGCCGUUCUCGUAGCCGCAGUCGCAGUGCUCGUAGCAAUCGCAGCAACCGUAGCAACCAUAGCAACCGUAGCAAAUCACGUUCUCCUAGCAGGUCUCCUGUACCAGAGAAGAACCAGAAGGCUGGAUCUUCGAGUCCAUCUAAAUCACCUGCCUCUGUUGACCGACCGAGAUCUCGAUCAAGGUCUCGGUCUGUUGACAGCAGAAACUGAACUAUUCACAUCUCAUUUUUUUU